AAACAACAGAAAAGGAAGUAACGCAUCAGCCAUCAGCUGUUCUGUUUCUGUUGUCAAAAGGCCGCUUCGCGCGUGCGCAGUCGUGCACGUGCGCAAGCGCGCCAGCGCAGAGCAGUGCAGUGGAGCCAAAGGAGCGCUCACACGCACACACAACGGACAGCGUACACACGACUGGCGACAUAACCGACACGGUUCGUGCGUUGUGUACCAUCUUUGACAUCUUUCCUCCCCUUCCGAAACCGUGCGGGUGUGUGGGUGUCUGUUGCGCCGUUGCGAUCGGCUUUUUAGAGCCACGAAGAACGUUCUCCGCGUUGACACCGCGAUUCGGGCAACGUCCUCAGGCCUAGGCGGCCAAAGACGACGUCCCUCGUAGCGUCACAACUCUCUGUGCGCUACGCAGUGCUGGUCAGUCCCCCGAAGCUCGAAGCGAGGCGAUCACCAUGCGGAGGAAGGGUGACUUGGUGAACCACAGCGCUUUCCGAUGCUGUUUCUGCUGUCACGUCCGCACGGGGACCGUGAUCCUGGGCAUCUGGCACUUGAUCCUGCACGUGCUGGCCCUGGCGAUCCUGGUGAGCAUGCUACUGCGGCCGGAGCUGUUUGAGAAGCUGUACGGGACGUCCUCGUCGUCCCCCGGGCAGCACUUCUCGGGUGGCUUCAUCACCCACUUCCGCCCCAGCGUCUACAGCCACGAGUUCCCGGACAUGAGUGCCGACGCCCGAUUCGGCAGCAUCCGAGACCAAGAUGUCCACGUGGCGCUGGCGAUCACCCUCUGCACCGGCAUCAUCACCCUGCUGCUUCUAUAUGGGACCAUAUGGGGCCACCCCAACUACCUGAUGCCCUUCUUCUGCCUGCAAGUGUUUGACUUCCUCCUGUCGGCCCUGACGGUGGUGGGCUACUUCUCGUACAUGCCGGACGUGCGCCGCCUGGUGGCCUCCUCCAGGGACCUGCCCCUGCAGCGCGAGCUGCUCCGCCUCGACUCCCAGUGGCUCUGCACUGUCGUUAUGCUCGGCUUCGUCGCCUGCAUGAUGCUCAAGGCGUACGUGAUGGGCAUCGUCUGGUCCUGCUACAAGUAUCUGAGGCUGCGGCAGGACACCAACCUCUCUGACCUGGAGUCGGACUCUGAGGCCCUGUUGCCCCCGGACUACGAGACGGCGAUGAAGAUGCCCCCGUUCCUGCCCGUCUACCCGUCCCCGCCGUACGCGCCUGGCCCCCAAUCCACCUGAGCUACCCGACGUGUUUGUUUUUGCGCGAGCUGGCAGUUGCAGCCUCUGUGAAAGUUCUUUCAUUUCUCUCCACCCACUCGCCGUUUUGCCCAGUUUCUUUCCACUCACACGCACGUGCAAAAUCCUCCGUCACGAUUUGCCGGCUCCAACUCCCAUACCUGGCUCUUGUCGAGGCUGCAGUUUGGAGGGCAGAUUUUACGGUUAAAUCUUUUUGGGAGUACGCAAAUAUAGCCACUCGGAUUGAACAGUGACGUUUCAUUUUCUUACCAACGGUGCUGUGUCAUUUUCUUGCCGCGUUUUGUCCCUGUAAAAGCAUUGGGGACUGGGUUAUGGGCGUUGACAGCUUUACGACGACAAGGAUGGUGUCGUUUAGUGAUGUUCUGGCGUCAUGUAAGCUCUGGCGUCAUCGAAGCGUCGAUGAGCACGGCCAGUCAAAUGGAUGCAGGAGGAAAGGGAUUAGUGCUCGAAGGAUAGCCCAAAGCUCAUUCCUGGAGUCUUUAUUCCUCGAGGACUCCAUUUCCUUGCCGUGUAAAACAAAGCCAGGAAAAUGCGCUGGAGUGUGUUUUCACAGCGUUGCCUUCCUCUGGACUAGCCCAGUCCUCAAUGCGUUGAAAAUAUUCUUAUAUUGUGCAUCUGAAUUCUUUUAUUCAGAAGUCAUUGGCUUUCUUUUAGUUAUGCUUUCAAGAUGGUGCACCAUCUCCCUUUGUGCUGUGGAGAUUAAGAAGGAUAUGGCACUAUCUGAUUAGAAGUUGUUUUUCGCACCUAAGGACAUUUUUCUUCGUUGUUAAAAGCCUGUACAGACGUGUUGUAGACUUAUUUGUAGCGGUCGAGUUGCAAAUCGGUACCGACGCUCUAUGAAUUUUGUUUUCGACGGUGGUAAGGCAAGCGCUGUUCCAAACCCUGCGGCACAACUGUGUCACACCCUGGCAUUCGUCGAAAAGACCUACCACCGAUUUCCGGUGAUGCGAACGAGUAAAAUUGACCAACCACCCCUGCUCUCCCACCUAAUAAAAAAAAAAAAUUCUCGGUGAUUUGGCACGUUUUCACCACAGCUCGCCGACACUUCCGUUCGUGCGAGCUACCAGUUCUCAGUACCAAAGCAUCGCAGGGUUGCACUUGCUUCCGGAAAGAGCUGGCAAUCAAUUUUGCUUCCUUUCAUUGUUUGCCACACCAGUUGCCACUUGUAAGCGAAAAAGAAAACCGCCAAGCGUUUGGCUUCGUACCACAACUCCUGCAUUUUGUACCACCUUCCUUACUAAUGUUGGAUGUGUCAACAGAGAUAAGUUUUUGCCUUUGUGGGGGCCAUUCUUAAGUGACCAACUUUCACGUGCGUAAUGGUCGGUCCUUUAUUACCGAAGAUGUUGCGGGCUUGACGACGCCAGCGUCUGUGUUUUCGAGUCUCGUCGCUCGUUCUAGCUCAUAGGUCUUGUGCAAGUACAACCCAUUCCAGUGUCUUAGGUUCGUACCCCUCCGCUUGCACCACAAAGGAUGUUACGUGCGUCAGGUUAUUGCCCCAUUGCAAACCCAGAACGCAUUCGGUCCAAUGUGUAGAGAAGUAUGGCCGUGUAGACCUGCUCUAUAAGUGGAUACGGUGGUCGGAGUCAUCUCUGGGUUCAAAAAUAUAACGUUGAAGGCACUAGACUAGCAACAGCAUCGAUACGACGCUCGUUUCAAUAAUUGGCUCUACUUCGAAUCACAGUAAUCGUCCGUGGAAAGUUGGGGGGGGGGGGGGUUUCACUUCAUUUGAAUGCGUAAACGGAUUUUGGAGCAUUAGCCUCCCGACGUGCAAGUGAUUGUGGCAAUAGAUUUUGUUCCUAGUCAACUUUUUGGCGUAGUGGUUUUUAGAUUGUUCCUUUCGUGAGGGAACGCAAACAAUGUGCGGGGGUAGUAUAGAUAGAUGGUUUGUCUUUAGCAGGUUUUUUGUUUCUAUAAGGGCCACGCUUUGCACAAAGAAAUUGCCUGGUGCCUGAAGGGCCCUCGAGUCGUGUACAUACUAUUUUUUUAAAGGAUCAACGCAACCUUUAUUGCUUGCGGGCACCCGAUGCACGCCCUGACGAGUUUAUGUUCUGCGUUGCGUCAACAGUGUCGCAAUUUGUUUUCAAUUAAAUAAAGUGGAAGCAAACGA